AUUGGAGACUACAGAGCGCAAACAAUGUUUUCCAUGGUAGAAAUAAAUGACCAUCUGUGUUAGCGUCACUUGUUGUCACUUUCCCUGCGCUCUGAACGUACCUGAAAUAAUAUUUAGGCAGAGCAACCUGCACCUCCCUCCCUAUUCAUUGCUUCUUCAUGCAGUUUCUUCUAACAGACUUACUCUGUCAUAUCUUUUCACAUCUCCACAAGACUUGACAACAGAUCAGUAACCUUCACUGUUCUACAACCCACUCUUCACAUCAUCGUUCUUCUCUUCAGUAGAAGACGUCCUCUUCAACCUUGCCAUCGUAACAUUUGGCAAUUCCUCCUCUCUCAACACCUCACAGACACCAUCACCGCCAGCAUGGGUCUCCGCCAACGCUCUCUCAUGAGCAAGUUCCCCAUGCUGGCUGUCCAGGGUCUGGAGGUGCGUCCCAUCAUUGGUGAUGGAAACUGCCUGUUCCGCGCACUAGCGGACCAGCUAUGGGGUGACCAAGAGCGUCAUCCCGAGCUUCGGGCUCAGCUUCACGCAUAUCUGCGUGAUUUCGGGUUCGAUGAGUACGCCGUCCUUCUGGAUGACGAGGAUCUUGUGGAAGGUCGCCACAACGCUCCUAGGAGAGCCAGUAGACGUUCUACGGGUUCUGCCGGGUCAACGAAGUCGAUCGAGGAACGCUGGGCACGGUUUCUCGAGGUUGUGCGUGCUCCAAGAGCUUUUGUCGGGCAGAUCUGCAUCGCUGCCUUCUGUGAAUUGUGGAAGGUCGCGGUGACCGUUCACAAUGCUGAGUUCUCUGUAAAGACGCCGGAUGGCAGUACCACCCGACGACACCUACAGAUCGCCUUUGCCGACAUGCACUAUGAAAGUGUGCAUUCCCGGCUCCCUCCUACGCCGCCGCCGUCCAGCCCUUCUUCUGACCAGACCUCUCCGCCGGCAGCUCUCCAGACCAAGACUGCCUCGAAAGCACCUACUUCGAAGUCUCUUCAGACCAAGAAGACUGCUUCAAAGAAGAGGAGUGGGGAGGAGGCUUUUACUCAGGAGAAGUCUGCUUUGGGCUACGCUCCCUCAGGAGCAACCGCGUCCAAAAAGCGGAGAGUGGCCACGGGCGAAGCGGCCAGGAGGACAUCUGGCCAGUCUUUCACGCGGCCGGGAGCCAGAUCAGAGGCUCCCACCGCGCAUACGAGCAAUCCCUUGGCUGAGACAAAAGCCACAACAAAAGUCACAACGACACGUUCCUGUCUCACCAGCUUCGACCUGAGCCAAAUCGGCCGAAUCCCAAAGCGGAAGCCCGGUGACAGCAGAUAGGGAUCUGGUCGAGAUGCAAAGGAUCUUCGGGGAUCCAGAGAUAUCGCGUUGGCAUCGUGUGCCAGGAGUUCGAGGAAAAUGUUACCAAAAGACACAGUGUAUUUGAGACGAGAAGGAUCCCAGCCAGGAGAUUAAUACAUCAAUGACCUCUGACACUGAAU